UUUGUCUGCACAUGCGCGCCGACAUCUGGUCGCCACACACACACACGGUCAGUUACCCUUGCGGAAAUUUAAACGUGCUCAGCAACACGCUGCUUUUUGUGCGGAGUUAACCCACUAAGUUCGCGACGCAGGAAGUUCAGAACCACUUGACUGGAACAAAACCGAAAAUUUGGUCCGUCCAUCUUCAAGUGGUCUUUGUGCGUGUUGAAGUUUCGGAGCAUACUUAUCUUUGCAUAGUUUAGCUUAGCUUAGCUUAGCUUGCGAACACAGACCAACGUGGGUUCACGCUUGAACAUCAAGUUGGAGCCUUCUAAAGUUUGCAAAAUGCGCGCAAGAACGACGCCAGCCGCAAAGUUCGAGGCGGAACUUUGUGGCGCAAAAGAUCUGCGACAUCAACGCUCGACUUCUUGCAAAAUUCAAGCAAAAGUUGUGCCUUGCACACUACCAGAUCUAUAUGUCAGCCAAGCCAAUUGUCCUGAGCACCAAGAGUCUGCAUGCAUCAAGGACGAGGAGGAAGAGUCCAGACCUAUUCAAGGUUUCAGCAAAUAUCUUGGUCCUGAUGCUCAACAGCUAAAGCGAGAAGUACAACUUCCAAUCAAAAAGGAGGAGGUAGAGCUGACAUACGUUAAAGAGGAGGGCGAUAUCACCAUGUUGACUGGUGAGUCCUUGAAAAACGAGGAUUGUCCAACUGAGGCCAGCAGAGGGGUGGAGCCUCCAGGCGGCAACAGCUCAACAGAAGGAUCGCAAGCACACAUUUUCAUCGCACAAUCAGAUAAAAAUGGCGCCACAUCACACUCACCUUACAAAGAUGAUGGUCAGAAGAAAUCUCACCGUGACGACAAACUCUGCAAAUACUCUCAGUGUGGGAAAACCUUUAUUAAUAACUAUAGUUGUCGUAUGCAUAUGAUGAGCCAAACUGGUGAAAAUCCUCUUCUCUGCUCAGUUUGUGGUCAAAAAUUAUCUCAGAAGUGCCACUUAGACGGACACACAAGAACCCACACUGGUGAAAAACCUUUUUCCUGCACAGUUUGUGGUCAAGGAUUCACGCAACAUUACUACUUCAAACGACACACAAGAACCCACACUGGUGAAAAACCUUUUUCCUGCUCAGUUUGUGGUCAAGGGUUCACUCAACUUCACCACUUGACAGUACACACAAGAACCCACACUGGUGAAAAACCUUUUUCCUGCUCAAUUUGUGGUCAAGGUUUCAAUAGAAAGCAAAACUUGAAAAUACACAGAAGAACCCACACUGGUGAAAAACCUUUUUCCUGCUCAGUUUGUGGAAAAAGAUUCACUCAGAAGAGCACCUUAAACGCCCACACAAGAACCCACACUGGUGAAAAACCUUUUUCCUGCUCAGUUUGUGGAAAAGGAUUCACUCAGAAGAGUGCCUUAAAAGUACACAUAAGAACCCACACUGGUGAAAAACCUUUUUCCUGCUUAGUUUGUGGUCACAGUUUCACUGAAAAGAAAAACUUACAAACACACACAAGAACCCACACUGGUGAAAAACCUUUUUCCUGCUCAGUUUGUGGUCACAGUUUCAAUGAAAAGAAAAACUUAAAAACACACACAAGAACCCACACUGGUGAAAAACCUUUUUCCUGCUCAGUUUGUGGAAAAAGAUUCACUCAGAAGAUCGCCUUAAACAUACACACAAGUACCCACACUCGCAAAACCCCUUUUUCCUGCUCAAAUUGUGGUAAAGAAUUCAGUUAUAAGAGUGCCUUAAAAGUACACACAAGAACCCACACUGGCGAAAAACCUUUUUCCUGCUCAGUUAGUGAUUAAAAAUUCACUCACAAUCCUUGUAUGAUGUAGAUCCACACUAUUGCCAAAAGUAUUGGCUCAACUGAUUAACUCUCAAGUUGAGUGGGAUUAUUCAUACAGUCCUGUCCCCUUUCACAGCUAAUAUUUCAAACAGUAGACCCCAAAUUACAAACAUUCUAAAUCAUUCAUCAAUUAUAUAAUUACAAAAAUAUGGAAAAUUAUGAUUGGCUCACAAAUAUUAGUUUUUUUGGGGAGGGGUGUUUAUAUAUAGUUUUAAAAGUUACUAUUCUUGAUUGACAGUGACAUAUUACGACAGAGUAUUGGGGCCAAAUAAAUGGAGGGAAAAAAUGACUACGAGAUUAAAGUUGUACUCUUACUACAAGAAAAAAAAGUAUUAUUUUGUAGGGGUAAUGUAGCUGAAUAAGUGGUUACGUACUUUAUGUACAUUUACCUUAGCUGGGAGCUCCGACAAAUUAUUGGUACAAAUCUUUUGAUUGAUUAAAAUUUGAUGUAGAUGAGCUUAAAGAUAACAGCCUUAUUUGGGAACCUGAUUCUAAAACACAGCCUCACAUGAUGCUUUCAUUACCGUUGACUUUAGUGGAGGUGGCAAAGCCGUACCGAAAGUACGUGGCUGCUUAUUUAGCUACAUUACCCGUUUUCUGUAUUUGGCCUAAUACUUUGUCGUGCAACUCGGACAAUGAUUAUUAAAAUUGUUUGUGCUUUUAAUCAUUUCGGUCCCCAUCGAUGAAAAUCGACUUUGCUUCGGAUUUUAAAUUGCUUGUACUUCACUGUGCUUAUUAAUUUUAUUCAUUAUAAACAACUUGGUUUUAUUCUGUCCUAGCCUCCUCUUCCCUUUGUUCAUAACAAGCCUAAUUAUAAUAUUAUAACUCAAACCUAGGGUUGUAAGUAACUAAAACCGAUACUUUGCUACCAAGUUGAUUCUAAGAUUUAGAAAAAGUGGGCCCGGACUGCCUUUUGUGCAAUACCCGAAGUAUUACCAGUACCGACGCAGCAGAUUUGGCCGCUUCUUUUGUGUGACAUAUGAGGCUGCUCAAGUUGCCUGACAAGAGGUCAAUUACACCACUAAAAUGGGGGUUGUAAAAUAGCAGUGCAACGGUUCGCGGUUCAAAACCGAACCAAACGGUUCGCCCUGUUCGGUUCAAUACGCCUUUAUGAACCGCGCCUUUUUGGUUUUGCAAUUACAGUAAUUUAUUCCGAACGCUUGUGGAAUGAAUUGGUCAAACUCUGUGUGCCUGUGCGUGACGUGAAGCGCAGCUGUGGAGAAAUUCCCGCCCCACGAGUAAAUGUCCAAUCGCUGUCAAGCACCUGUGUAAUAGGAGCCGAGUAACGCCCUCUCUCGCUUACGAGCGAGGUGAAAGUGAAACAAGAAAGAAAACAAAAAAAGUUAUGGCGAGCGGAGGAGUCGACAGACCAAAUUUUGAGGAAGCACCGGCUUCUUUCAAAUCUGCGGUGUGGCAACAUUUCGGUUUCCCCGUGGACUACAAUGCAGACGGAGAGAAAACAUUGGAAAAAAACAUAAAACAAUUUGCAAGCAUUGCUCAGCGCUUGUUCCCUAUGCUAACGGCAAGACUUCUAACAUGACUCAGCAGUCAGCACUUCAGCCUGCAUCACCCACAGACAUCGUUUUCUCAGAGCAGGACAACCCCGAAGAUGACACCAGUGAAAACACACGGGUCUAUAGAAGAGGGGUUCCAAAAGCCUUACAAUAUCAGGUCAGAAAAACACAAGAAAAUAACCCACACAGUGGGGAUUUGCAUUGCAAAAGACAUGCAACCAUAUUCCGUGGUUGAAGAUGUGGGCUUCGUUAAUUUAAUUGCAACGCUUGACCCGCGUUAUAUUGUUCCCUCGCGGACAUAUUUCGCCCACAACAUAAUCCCCGACAUUUAAGAAAUGGCACGCAAAGCCAUUGAAGAGGAUUUCACGAAAGCACAUAGUUUCGCCCUGACCGCUGAUAGUUGGACGUCCCGUGCUACAGAGUGCUACUACCUAACUGUGACGGUCCACUAUAAUUCAUACCUGUCAAGUUGUACGGUCUCGUCGUAAUUUGUAAACGUGAGCAUUGGUUUUUAAAUGUGUACGUUACGUUCAAAAUCUGCACGUUUUUCGUGCAUUGCAUUUUUGUUUUUUUUCAUCCGUUUGGAUUUGGUCACCGUUUCUGCAAGGAGCCAAUGUUCGUUAAUACUUGAAUGACACGAGAAAAGUCAGACACGGAGAGGGAAGAGUGUUUGUUGAGACGCUGUAGCAAACACGAUGCUAGGCUAGGUGGCUCCAAUUUCCUGACCGUGGCCGACAUCACGCCUAGAUAUCUCAUGCAUAUAGAACUACAAGCGAAAUGACACUCGGUAGCGUUAGUAAACAGCCGCCAUUUUAGAGCAGUAUACUUCUCAGAAAGGCUCUGUUGUAGUAAACCUUCCGAGCGAACCUAAGCAACUUUUUAUCCAAAAUACUCCUAAAUUGGCAAAAUCUUGACUUGAGUCUAUCUUUAAAGGAUGAAACAGUUAUAAAAUUUUCACAUGUCGAAAGUAGACGGAAGGGAACUAAGGCAAAAACGGGAGCAAUUUUAUCAACUUUAUCGGUUGAUUCACAACAUUAAAUGACCUCCAAACAUAGCAAAGGUUACUAUGGUUUUUUUUUUUUUUUUUUAAAUGAAAAAAAAACAUGAAAGGUAUCACCAGUUACUUUGCCAAGUAACUUUUUUA